UUUUAAUUUUCGAUACAUAUAUUUAAAUAUUUAAUUACUUCUUUGAUAAUCUGAUGAUGAUGAUGAUGAUGAUGAUUGAGGACGAAUUCCGGUUGCUCGUCGGACUGGUUGAGCCAUUCGAAGACUUGGAUCUCCAACAAUCCGAGCAAGCUCGGCUCCUCCAGGCCCUCAAGAAGCUGCGUCGAAGGAGCACUAGGAACAACCGAGCACUGAUCAGUUUGACGCCCCAUCCGGCAGAUUCGAUAGACCGAUCCAAGAUAAUCAGGAACAGAGUCCGAUGGCAUCUUCGGACCGAGCAGUUGCCUCUCCUGCGCGACCAGCUCCGUCGACUCUCGCUGGCUUUGGAUCCAUCCUGUCUGCCUGAACAGCCAAACCCACAGUUCCGAGAGGCUCUGAAGGUCUUAUCGGAGAUGGAUGAAUCGGUCGACCAGAUCAAGGCUUCCGCUGACUCCGUUUGGGAGUCCCACACACCCACCGAGGAUUCCGAUCCAGAAAACAUCGAGGACUUGACCGUCCAUCGGUGUCUUCUCGUAGUCUCUCAUUGUAAGAGCGUGCUCAUCGAACUCUCGCGGACGAUCGAAUCCUACGAGCGUUUCUUCUCAGUCUUGGUCCUCUCAGAUGGAAAGAUCUCCGAGGCAGACCAGCCAGUCGAUUAUCUACAAGAGUUCAGGAAGGAGAGCAUCCCCAGAGCGGUAGAACGGGAGCUGAAGUGGAUCGAAAGCUUGAUCGGCUGGCUGGCACUCUCCAACCUCGUCGUCCUCGAGGACGAAUGGCGAUCGAUGGUCUCGACCAUCGAUGAGACCUUAGCCGACCUGCUCGAUUUCAGCAACGCAAGCUCGAUCAAUCAGGAUCCCGAGAAAGCGACGAUCAAACGCCAGAUCGAAGCCUUCAUCCCGCUCGUCAAGCUAUCUCGAGUGCUCCUCAACAAGCUCUCUAGGUCCACCAACAGUCCGCCCCGGCUAACCUCAGGGAUCUCCUUGGAACUACUCGACCGCUUGCGGCUUGCCACCGGCGCUAUCCCCAUCGACCUCAACGAUAUCGUCAACACCUUCGAUACCCCUCGCCCCCAUCAGAUCACUCUCUCCAGUGCCACCGACAGUCUCAUCGACGCCUUCAGAAGAAUCAAGUCCAUCUUCAACCAUCACUUCGACUCCUCCCUCCAGUCUCAUCCAGACUCAAAACAUCUUUCUGCCGCUCGUCGCUGGUCGGAGCUUUGGCUGGCCGAGUUCGACUGUGCUACUACCUCUUUCCUCCGGAUCUCUCAUAAUCACAUCCGUGAUGAUAUCGCUAACGAUUCUGAGCCAUGAUCUGUUCGGAUACAUAAUAAUCUAGUCUAUAUGUACAUGUUCAUGGAUUUGUAUAACUCACUUAUCAAAAUGUACCUUAAUCUAUCUUUGCUUCCUUUGACCCUUAAUCGUUGUCCUCGUGUCUUACAUGAGAUAUUUAUCUGUAUCUAUCUGCUACACAGUUGUCUUUAGCUAGAGCUUGCCCAAAGUUUCCUUUAGUAAAUAUGUAAAGGUUGAUCUUCCCUGGCGGUUUGAUCCAAUCUGAUCAUCUGCUAUGAUGUUCAACAAAUCCGAUUUUUG